UUUUUGCGAACUGCGACGUACGGAAAUAUUUAUUUAAAAGAGUGCGCAGCAAGUGUCUGAAACACUCGUGCCUAAUCGAGCACUGAGAGAUUAUUAAUCUCGUUAUAAAUAUUCUUGUAUUUUUUAUUUCCUCUUGUCAUGAUCAUGGAUACCAAGGUCAUCGCUUGUGUUGUGCUGGUACUGAUGAGCAUGGGCGAUUCUAAUGGAGCGAGACUCAGGAGAGAGGCUAAUGGUGAACGAUCCAUGACAUUGGGGGAUUUAAUCAACCCCGGUGACCUUGAAACAAGACCAUGGAAGCGUGUGGUACCACGUGAUACUAGAAAAACAACAAAAUCUAAUGAAGCUAUUCCCGACUACGACUCCAUUCCGGGCUCCACAGAACCCUCUGAUUCUGAAACCGGUGAUGGGAAUGAUUCUGACACUGUUCCUCCUAGCACUAAACCCAAGCCACCGGUUUCACCAAAGGCACCAACGAAAAAUCCACCUAAAAAUACUCCUGGCACUAGACCGAAUCCUGGGAUAAAACGGCCUAAACCAAAUCCUAAAAAUCCGCUUAAACCUCCAUCUGACCCUAACGCAAUUGGUGGUGAUAAUGGGCCAAGCGGCGAUACCCCAAUAACUCGAAUUAAUGUUAUUCCUGCGCCUAAGCCUAGUUCUAAGCGACCCCCUCCUCCUAAGCCAAGAGAACCUGAGGAAUCUGAUGAUGAGAAAGAACCAGAAGAAGAACCUGAAGAUAGAGCCGAAGAACCCGAAGAAACUCCUGAAGAGCCCGAGGAAGAGCCGGAAGAACCUGAGGAAGAGCCAGAAGAACCUGAGGAAGAGCCAGAAGAACCUGAGGAAGAACCAGAAGAACCUGAAGAAGAACCAGAAGAACCUGAGGAAGAACCAGAAGAACCAGAAGACGAAAAUGAUGAGCCUAAAUCCCCGAAACCUAAGCUCCCCCAGCGUCCACCUCCUGCUUCAAAGCGACCCCCGACGCCGCCAAAUACCAAAUCUCCAAAAAGGCGAACUUCUCCCGCGCUCCCUCCUAGUCGUGACCUACUCCCCCCUCCCAAACCUCCAACCGAUGAAGAUCCUGAUAAAAAUCCUGAUGAGCAACCAAAUGACAAUGAUGAAAACCCUGCUGAAAAUCCCAAAGCUCAGCCUGUUGGUGGAGGAAAACCCGACACGAAGAGACCGACGCGACCGAGACCAAACCCCAACAAACCACCGACAAGCCCAUCAACUCCUGAAUCGAAUCCUGACGAAGAGCCAGAGGAUCCUAAUGAUAAUCCGGAAUCUCCUGAACCCAUUGACGAGAACGGACAUCCUGACGAUGAACCCGUGAAGAGACCUGGCACGAAAGGACCGCGACCUAGAGGGAAGACUCCUCCCCGACCACCUACCAAGGCCAGGCCUCCUAGUACAAAAACUCCUAACAGAAGACCAAAUCCCCAGAAUUCUGAAGCUGUCCCUGAAGACGACCCCAAGAACACAGAUCCAAACGACGAAGACCCUUCUUUAAAAAGUAGACCAGGCACACGAAUUUCCCCGAAGAGACCACCCAGAAGACCGAAACCCCAGACUCCAGAACCCAAUCCUGACGAAGACUCACAAAAUCCUGAUGAUAAUCCUGAAGACCCAGACCCAAACGAUGAGGACUUAAGCCCUGACUCUGCACCAGUGACUCCUUCAAAAACCAGACCUGGAACGAGAAUUCCCCCGAAGCCGAGACCCACCAGAAGACCUGCGCCGCCGACUCCCGAACCUAAUCCUGACGAAGAUUCCCAAAAUCCUGAUGAUAAUCUUGAAUAUCCGGACCCAACUGACGACGACUCAAACCCAGACGAAUACUUACCACCAGUGACUCCUCCCUCAACACCUAGAUCUGGAACAAGGACGCCUUCAAAGCCCAGACCCACCAGACGACCAAAACCCCAGACGCCGGAACCGUUCCCCGAAGACGACUCCCAAAACCCCGAAUCCCCAAACCCAACGGACGAAGACCCAACCCCUGAUGAGGCCUCCCCUGUGACCCCUGCACCGUCUAAACGAAGGCCUGGAACAAAAAAUCCGACAAAGACUAGACCCAGCAGAAGACCAAAACCGACGACAACACCACCUGAAACUGAUGAAAAUCCUGACGAAAAUCCCGACCGCACAGGGGAGAGUCCGCUCUUCCCCUCCAGGUUCGGAGGCGCAGAUGCCGAUCCCGACGACUCUGCGACGUCACCCUCCAACAACCCCCCAGAUUCCCCAGCUCACCCUCCUUUUACUUCUCCAGGCAAGGCGCCUGCCGGAAGUCCAAGUAGUCCAUCAUCAGCAAACGCAAAUGCGCUUAGUUCAGCAUCUAGCUUCGGAUCUGGAGCAGGAGCAGGGGCGGUAGCCAGUGCAAGCGCGAGUGCCUCAUCAAGCGCCGGAUCCUACGGAUCUCCUUGGGAUCCCUGGAGAGCAGAUCCUCCAGCACCAAACACAGACCCCACAGGACCAAAUGCAGCUCCGCCAGUCAACCCAAUCAAGCCUGUAAAGACUCCACUCCCAUCGAAACCGAUCCCCCCCGGGUUCAACCCCUUCCCAAACCCCUGGGCAUCUGCCUACCCCCCGAUCCCCAGUCCCAACAAUCCGCCGGUCGACUCCGACCCAGCAAGUCCUCCACUCAAGGGAAAGAAGCCCACUCGAAUGACACCUCCAAGACCCCUCGCCGGCUACACUCCAAUCAUCAGCAUCUCCGGGACCUUCGAUGCCAACGACCCCUCCUACCCCAGUUAUGCCAACCCGUCGUCUAGUAACAUUCCCAAUUAUCCAUCAGCAUUUGCCUCAGAUUCCUCCUCCAGUUCAAGCUGCUCUUCAUCAAAUUGUAGAACCACUUCAUCUACAAAACCAAGCAAUCCAUCCUACGCUAAUCCCAAUUACCCAACCUACCGUCCCACUCCGGCUAAUGGUUUUGGAUCGCCAGUAAAUUCAAAUCCAAUGGGCUACAAUCCUAAUGGCCAUUCCAAUCCCAAUUACAACAGUGGUAAUCCAUCCGGGGGAUUCGCUAGUGCCGGGAGUUUUGCUAGUGCUGGGGCUAGUGCCAAUUCAAAUGGUCGAAGCACUGGAUUUCAAUCACGCAUAAAUACCGGGAGUUAUCCAGGAAAUAAUGAGAUUGCUGGAUUCACCGGGAGUGGGGCAGUAGGCGGACAGCCUUCUUAUGGACCUGCGGAUUUCGAUGCGCACGUAAAUCUCAUUCAGCAGCAAAAUCUUGCGCUCCAGCGUCACAUUCAGGAGCAGAUCAGACAACAUCAGGCUCAGGCAAUGGGCUCUUGGGCAACAGCUAUGGCUUCUAUAAACGACGGAUCCAGACCUGUUAAUCCUAAUACCCAAUUAUACAGCAAUACUCAAGUUAACCGGGGUUUCCAGCCUCAACCGCCGAUGAAUAUCGGGGGACGUAAUGGGAAUCCCCCGGUUUAUUCCGGUGGUUAUAACGGCUUGAAUUAUCCAACGUACUAUGGGAAUCCUUCCAAUAGAUUUGAAAACAUGGGUUUCCCGUCCGGAGCAGGAUUCCCAUCUGCAGGAGGAUUUCCAUCCGGAGGAGGAGGAUUUUCAUCUGCAGGAGGUGAUGGAGGGUCCUGGGCUUGGGGAGUCGCCAAUGCAGGGCCCGGCGGUAAUUCACAAGCUGGAGAGAUAGGGCCUGUCGCACCUGGAUUUGAAUCACGAUUCGCUGAAGAUAUCCCAUCGCAAGGUGGUAGCUCAUACAGUAGCUUCUCCAGCUCGAGCUCCAGUUCCGGGGUUGGACCGGAUGGCCAGGUUCAGUCUCGCAAGAGUGUAACCACUGGCAUCAACGACAAUGGGAAAGUCUCCAUCAAGACCGUCCACGAUCCAUAAGUCGAUCAUUCUACUUUCAUAUAUUCUAACAUUCCUGAUGCGUCAUCGAUGGCAAUUCUCAAGAACAGAUAUCAAAUACCUUUGAAACUGAUGAAUGUUCCACACUUCUGCUUAGAGUUUUACCGACAAAAAACAAUUGAUUUUAUAAUUAUUGACCAACCGUGAGUGUUUUAUUCCCUUGAAGUGGUAAUAUUUAUUGUCGCAAUUUAUACUUAAGGUAUGCGCCAGUAGAAAUGAAAGGAGAAUCUUUCAUAGAGGCAAUUUUGUAUACAUUUUGAUGAACGAAUAAUAAAUCAUCUUAAGAUACUCAUAAAUA